UCCAGCUGCUGAAAGGUUGUACUUAAGCAAGUUGAUUAGAGCAGAUAUCACCGACUGUCCGUGUUUCCCGAUUAAAGCAGUCUCUAAUUCGGAGUUUCUGCGAUUUCAAAUGAGGAUGGAGUUUGAUGAACUUCCUAUCUUUCAUAAUUUGACCCACUUGGUGAUCAACAAUAUUUCGGAUUUGGUACUAAAGUUGCUCCACUACUGCCCUAAACUUCAAAAUCUUGUCAUUUACCAGAAGACACAAACUGAGUGGGAUACGAACUUUGAAGACGAACAAGGAAGUUGGUUGCCCCAAAACUCUGUUCCACAAUGCUUUUCAUCAAAUCUUCGAACUUGCACUAUUCGGGACUUUGCAUUUCUUGACCUAGAACAUGACAUGAUGUUAGCAAGACAUAUUCUAAAUAAUGCGGGAGUUUUAGAAACCAUGACAAUAUCAAUAUGGGGUGAUAGGGAGCAACAUGAAAUAGAGAUGUAAUUAUCCUCAUAUCCAAGGGCCUCCGCAAAAUGUCAACUUCAGUUUAUUGAUAACAAAUAUGAUAUGUAAUGUAAGCAGUAGUGUCUCUAUCGUGUCUGUUGUUUCGUUAGCUUCUACUAUGCAAUUGUUGAUUUAGUGGUUUAAACUAUGAAUUCUGAACUAUAUGCCUGCUGUACAUUUGCGUCUACCAUGUAACUGUUGUAUAACUGUAUUUGAUGGUUUGAUGAAUUAUGUGCUAAGAAGGACACCGAAUUUGUCUUGUGGACAAGUUAAUG